GGCUCUCCAAACCUCUUGGUCUCCAUACAGAAUUACUCCCAGCCAGUGCGCACAAUUGGUUUGUCAUAGUCGCACACAGCUCAGUCUCUUUUUUUAAUCUUCUGGGGACCCAAACAACUUAGAUUCUUUUUUUUUCUUUAUCCCCCUGCGGAGCUUUUCUUACCAGAUUCUGACCACCAUCGCGUCUCGUUUCCCCUCAAAUUCUUCUGGAUACUCUGAUUUUGUUUCUUUUUUUCCGUGUGGCGAAGGGCUGCUGGCGUUUUUUUCUUUCUCUUCUUUCGUGCGCUUUCCAGCUUCAUGGGACGUGAUGUAGCCCCCGCACAGAAGGACGCCUUGUGCCAUAAAGGGAUGUAAAAAACCCGUGGGGGACAGUACCAGUGGAUACAAGCGUUUCUCCCGAGAUCAUCACCGGAUUGUGGAAUCGCGGCAGCAUAAAGGCGAUUUUUUAUUUAUUUUUUUCUUAUUUUUUAAAACCAGGAUAUUCAUCGGAGCACUUUGGAUUCGUGGUUCUCUCUCCCUCGACCUCUUAUCAAGUCCCAAUUCCUCACCUCCCCGGUGCGUAAGGAACAGCUUACCCGACGACCUGAGAGACAGUUGCGAGAGAAAUUUACUUUGGAUCUCCUCAUAUUCGCCGGUCAUUUUCUAAAUACGCGUGUAAUUUUUUAAAGGUGGAAUUUGGGAUGCAGCAGUAAAGGCCCAGUGUUGUGCGAGGAUCCAUGCUGGUGAUGCUUUUACUACCUGGGAUGUGACAGACAGGAAUUUGCAAGAAAAGAAGAUUUUGGAAGGCAUCUGGAAUCUGAGCAACAGGACUUGUGGUCUUGUGGGAAGAGUGGCGCAGUGGAGGGAAGUGUGCCAUAAAGGAAGCACCCAAUUGGGGCGUUUGCCAGCAAAAGACUGAAGCACUGAACUCAUCUGGGACCUUCGGCAGCGGGCGGUAAGAGGAGGAGGCCAUGUGGACCGCACGCCUGCUAGUCCUCGCCAGCCUUUUCGCACCAGCCGCACUGGCCUUCAGUCGAGCCCCCAUCCCCAUGGCGGUGGUGAGGAGGGAGCUGUCGUGCGAGAGCUACCCCAUCGAACUGCGCUGCCCGGGCACCGACGUCAUCAUGAUCGAGAGCGCCAACUACGGUCGCACCGACGACAAGAUCUGCGACGCCGACCCGGCACAAAUGGAGAACACGCGGUGUUACCUGCCAGAUGCAUACAAGAUCAUGUCGCAAAGAUGUAAUAACAGGACCCAGUGUGCUGUUGUGGCGGGACCUGACGUGUUUCCCGACCCGUGCCCAGGAACCUACAAAUACCUGGAGGUCCAAUAUGAAUGUGUACCUUACAAAGUGGAACAAAAAGGCUCCUCAGUAUUCCUGUGCCCAGGGCUUCUGCGUAGGGUCUACCAGAGCGAGCACCUCUUCGAGUCGGACCACCAGUCUGGAGCCUGGUGCAAAGACCCUCUACAGGCCUCCGAUAAGAUCUACUACAUGCCGUGGACACCCUACCGCACCGACACCCUGACCGAAUACUCCUCCAAAGAAGACUUCAUCGCCGGAAGGCCGACGACCACCUACAAGCUCCCGCAUCGCGUCGACGGGACCGGCUUCGUGGUGUACGACGGGGCACUCUUCUUCAACAAGGAGCGCACUCGCAACAUUGUCAAGUUCGACCUGCGAACUCGUAUCAAGAGCGGCGAAGCUAUCAUAGCCAACGCCAACUACCACGACACAUCUCCAUACCGCUGGGGAGGGAAAUCAGACAUCGACUUAGCCGUAGACGAGAAUGGCCUUUGGGUGAUUUAUGCCACUGAGCAGAACAACGGACGGAUUGUGAUCAGCCAGCUAAACCCCUACACGCUGCGAGUUGAGGGUACCUGGGACACAGCGUACGAUAAACGCUCUGCAUCCAACGCCUUCAUGAUCUGUGGAAUCCUCUAUGUGGUAAAGUCGGUGUAUGAGGAUGAUGACAAUGAAGCAACAGGGAACAAGAUCGACUACAUCUACAACACAGAACUGAGUAAAGACGGCUUUCUGGACAUCCCCUUCCCAAACUCCUAUCAGUACAUCGCUGCUGUGGAUUAUAACCCCAGGGACAAUCUCCUGUAUGUUUGGAACAACUACCACGUUGUCAAGUACUCUCUUGACUUUGGAGCAUUGGACAACAGACUCGAAACCUCCUCCUCUGUAAUGGUGUACAUGGACACCACGACCACGACCACGAGGACCACCACCCGACCUACCACUGUUACCAUGACAACCACGACAAGCAGGACCACCACCACCAGGGUUCCCGCUACGACCACCGCCCUCGCCCAGUGGCCACGGACCACUACGACGGUGGCGGCCCCGGUCCAGACGCUGGUGGAAGGUUUGGAUCCGGAAGACGACUUCAGGGUGCCGCCUUCCUCCAAGCUGCCCAAUGUCAGGGUGGAGUACUGCAACCCGCUGGUGAUGAUGGACAUCUCCUGGCCCAAGACCAAGCAGGGCAUGUUGGCCAAGAUGCCCUGUCCACCUGGAACCAUAGGUGUGGCUUCAUAUGUGUGCAUUGGACCAGAAGGAUACUGGAACCCACAGGGACCUGAUUUCAGCAACUGUACCUCCCCAUGGGUCAACCUCAUCAGCCAGAAGCUAAAAACCGGGGAGACGGCGGCGGUCAUUGCCCGAGAGCUGGCGGAGCAAACCAAGAGCAAUCUCCAGGCGGGGGACAUCACCUACACCGUGAAGGCCAUGGUUCAGCUGGUGGAUCUGCUGGAUGUGCAGCUGAGGAACCUCACGCCAGGCGGCAAAGAUAGCGCAGCACGGAGCCUCAAUAAGCUGCAGAAGAGAGAGCGCUCGUGUCGGUUUUAUGUUCAGGCCAUGGUGGAGACGGUCAACAAUUUGCUCCAGCCUCAGGCCCAGGCAGCGUGGAGGGAGCUGAGCACCGGCGAGCAGCUGAGGGCCGCCACCAUGCUGCUGGACACGGUGGAGCAGGGCGCCUUCGUCCUGGCCGAUAACCUGCUCAAGACGGACAUCGUGCAAGAAAACACCGACAAUAUCCAGCUGGAGGUCGCCAGGAUGAGCACCGACGGGAAUCUGCCUGAUCUGAAGUUCCCGCAAACCGGAGGACAAGGCAACUCCAUCCACCUGUCAGCGAACACGCUAAAGCAGCACGGAAGAAACGGUGAAAUCCGAAUAGCGUUUGUCCUGUACAAACACAUCGGGGUCUACCUGUCGACGGAGAACGCCAGCAUGAAGCUGGGCAGCGAAGCCAUGGCUACCAAUUACUCCGUCAUUGUCAACUCUCCAGUUAUCACAGCCGCCAUCAACAAGGACUCGAACAAAGUCUAUCUCUCUGACCCAGUCAUUUUCACCAUCAGACAUCUGCAGCAAUCUGAGGAGAACUUCAACCCUAACUGUUCAUUCUGGAGCUACUCCAAGCGAACCAUGACAGGUUUCUGGUCGACGCAGGACUGCCGCUUACUGGGAACCAACAGGACUCACACCACAUGUUCCUGCACACAUCUCACCAACUUCGCCGUCCUCAUGGCCCACGUGGACGUCAAGAACACAGAUCCGGUCCACGACAUGCUCCUGGACGUCAUCACAUGGGUGGGCAUCCUCCUGUCGCUGGUCUGCCUCCUCAUCAGUCUCUUCACUUUCUGCUUCUUCCGCGGCCUCCAGAGCGAUCGAAACACCAUCCACAAGAACCUGUGCAUCAGCCUGUUCAUCGCCGAGUCCCUGUUUCUGGUGGGGAUCAACCGGGGCGACCAGCCGAUUGCCUGUGCCGUCUUCGCCGCCCUGCUGCACUUCUUCUUCCUGGCGGCGUUCACCUGGAUGUUCCUGGAGGGCGUUCAGCUCUACAUCAUGCUGGUCGAGGUGUUCGAGAGCGAGCACUCACGCCGGCGCUACUUCUACCUGGUCGGAUACGGAGUUCCAGCGCUGAUCGUGGCAGUUUCGGCCGCCGUGGACUACCGAAGCUACGGCACGGACCGAGUUUGCUGGCUUCGCUUGGACACCUACUUCAUUUGGAGCUUCAUAGGACCGGCAACCUUGAUAAUUAUGCUCAAUGUGAUCUUCCUGGGCAUCGCUCUCUACAAGAUGUUCCAUCACACUGCCAUCUUGAAACCAGACUCCGGUUGCCUGGACAACAUCAACUACCGUUAUUAUGAUGGAUGUGUUAUUGUAGAAUGGCACUGCUAUCAGGAUUAUGAACCCGAGAUCAAAUCAUGGGUGAUUGGAGCCAUUGCCUUGCUGUGUCUGCUGGGCCUGACCUGGGCUUUUGGACUGAUGUAUGUGAAUGAGAGCACUGUGGUCAUGGCCUACCUCUUCACCAUCUUCAACUCCCUGCAGGGGAUGUUCAUCUUCAUCUUCCACUGUGUGCUGCAGAAGAAGGUGCGUAAGGAGUAUGGAAAAUGCCUGCGAACUCACUGCUGUAGUGGCAAAAGUGUGGACAGCUCCAUCGGAUCUGGAAAAGGCACCGCUUCUCGGGCUCCAGGACGUUAUUCCACAGGGUCACAGAGCCGCAUCCGUCGAAUGUGGAACGACACGGUCAGAAAACAGUCCGAGUCCUCUUUUAUGACCGGCGACAUCAACAGCUCAGCAUCGCUCAACAGAGGGGCUAUGGCUAACCAUCUUAUACCUAAUGCACUCCUACGUCCUCAUGGCACUAACAAUCCCUAUAAUACAUUGCUUGGGGAAUCGGCAGUCUAUAACAACCCUCUGGGCAUGUACAACACACAAGAGCCCUACAGAGAGACAAAGGGAAUCCUGAACAAUGCCCGGGAUACAAGUGUCAUGGAUACUCUACCACUGAAUGGUAACCAUGGCAACAGCUACAGCAUCGCCAGCGCCGAGUACAUGAGUGACUGCGUCCAGAUCAUUGAUCGGGGCUACAACCACAAGGAGACCACCCUGGAAAAGAAGAUCCUGAAAGAGCUCACCUCCAACUAUAUCCCCUCUUACCUCAAUAAUUCCCACGAGCGCUCGACCGAGCAGAACCGGAACCUCAUGAACAAGCUCGUCAACAACGUGAGCAACGGCGGCAAAGAUGGCGGCUACGGGAUGGGCUUGGGGGUGGGUAUGGGCAUGAACGUGGCGCUGAGCCUGGACGAGCACUCCACCUUCGGCCCACACCACGACGAAGGCUUGGGCCUCGAGUUGAUCCGCGAGGAAUCGAAUGCCCCACUGCUGCCACAACGGCCGCCGCCAUCCCUGCAGGCGGUGGACAACCUCCACAAUCACCUCCACCAAUCGGUGCCACCACCCCUCCCACUGCCCCACCAUCCCUUCUCGUCUGCCACCACCUCGUCGUCGUCCCGGCGGAGGAUCCCGCAAGAGAACAGCGAGAGCUUCUUCCCCCUACUCACCAACGAGCACACCGAGGACGAGGGCUCGUCGCCCAGCCACAACCACCAGAGAGACUCCCUGUACACCAGCAUGCCCAUGCUGCCCGGCCUGCCCGACCCGUCCGCUGAGUCUGCCGACGGCUCCAAGGAGGGCAGCGACGCCAAAAGCCCCGAGGCCAGCUCGGACGACGUUUACUACAAGAGCAUGCCCAACCUGGGUUCUCGUAACCACCUGCACCAGCUGCACUCCUACUACCAGCUCGGACGGGGCAGCAGCGACGGUUUCAUUGUGCCCCCCAACAGAGAGGAUCUUUCUCCAGAAGAAACCCCCCAGGAGCCCCUGCACCUGGUCACCAGCCUAUAGGCCCCAACACGACCCCAACGGUAUCCCUUCUUCUCUUCCCUGUGUCCCCUUUGUUCCAUCAGUCGUUGGCAGUGGUAGCCUUUCUUUUUAUUCUGUGUCCCGAAGACUGAGGCAGAGAAAAUAACUGUACUCUUGCUGUUAUUGACCACAAACAGGAUAAUAAUCGAAUCGGGGGGGGGCUAAUAUGUGACUGUUAGACAUUACAGGAUGUUGAUGUUGUGUCCCUCCGCCUCCCCUCCAACCUCCAAACUAAAUGUGGUUUGGCGUGUUUUUGUCUCAUUGUCAAAAGAGACAAGAAUUCCUCACACAGGAUUUUUAGGUCUCAGAGACACACUGUAGGUCUGACAGUCAAAAAGGAACUUCACAGCCCCAAAGUUGAAUCUGUCGCCAGAAUAAACGGGAAAUAAAAAAAAGGACUAUUUUAUUAUACUUCUGUAUCUAUAUUGACUUUUUGAAAGAUUUUCUUCCUCUUUGGUGAGUUGCAGCACAUUUUGUUUGCUGAAGUGUCCCUUCAAUGAAAGAAAAAGACAAAAAAAAAAAAAAAUACAACAACAACACAGACACACACAUUUUGAACAAUUACCAUAAAGGAAUUAUUGAUCGUAUGCUUUCAAGCAUAGCUGUUCUUUUUUCCUUUCGUUUUACUGUAAUAACAGUUGUUAAAAGAGGGAGAAAAAAACUAAUAAGAGAAUUAUGAGAUAUUUCUAUGUAACUGUACAGAUAACUAGCAUUGCACAUAAUAGUAUGCUUUUUUUUGUUCUGAGCAAACCCUUUGUCUCUGUAAAUGUAGUGUUUAGGAGCAAUUUUGUUCUGUUGUGCUGGCCUUUCUGGGUUUCUGGUUCCAGUCUGUUUUUCUUUUUCUUUUCUCUUUUAUCACUUUCCAAGAAAUGACCAUCAAAAUAGGAACAAAAUAACACACAAAAAAAAAACAUCACAAGGACUCACUUAUCGUGCAGGCAUAUUUGUGGAAUAUAUUCACCUUUAGUUUUCAGGUCUGUUUUACUUUCCAUUUGAUUUCUUUUUCCUUUCCUUUUUUUUUUUCCUGUGUAGAUAGCAGAGUUCUGAUUCACAGAUCGUCAAGGACAGAAAAUCACGAGGUGAAAGGUUUGUGGUGCAUUCUGCAUCUGCAUUGGCAUUCAGAAAACGCUUGUGCUUCUCAGAAAGAGAACAAAUUGAACCUUGAUGAGCACCAGGCACUUGUAUAGAAAAAGAAAGAUGGCUGUUUUACUUAUUAAAGAAAGAGCUUUUGGAGUGAGAAAAACUGGAAGUGUUUUUUUCUUUUUCUUCUUCAAGGAGAAAAUCUAUUUAUUUAUUUGUUAAAUAAGCGGUAAUAAAAACAGAGGACGGAAGUAAGUUUAGUGGCACAAAUAAGUUUUUAUUAUCAGCUAUGAUUAUGGCUUCUUAUUUAUUCCUUUUUGUAUCAGUUUCCAGGUUGAAUGACCUCAUAACUAAUAUUUGUUGUAACAGUGAAACUUGUUUGCCAACAAAUAAAUUACUGAUUAAGAUUUAUCACAUAGCUACGACAAAAAAGUUCUGGUGUUUUGUUUGGGUCUUGGAACGCUUUUAUAUGGAUAACAGCUAAGGACCUGCAAAUAAUGGCGAUCAAGUUUAUUUUUUCAGUUUUUUUAUUUUAUUUUUUAUUUUUAAAUGAUCAGUUAAUAUCCCUCAUUAGCCCUCUGUCCAGUUUAGUGCCAAAUAAAUUUUGGCCCAGCAACAGUGGAUGUGCUCUGUAUGCUCUGGUCUGCUUUACAAUAGAAGCAGUGAUUUCAUAAGCUGUAAUAAAUAUUUCAAUAUCA